UCAGGCCAAUUUGUGUUGCCGCCAUUAAAGCCAUUUUUGUAUUUCAAAAUAAAGAGAAAACUACAAAUUCUUUGGAAGUACUUGUUGUAGUAAUAAAUAAUAUUAGUAAACUUAAAAAUUAACUUAGCAGUUUUAUUUUAAACUAUUUAAUUCCUUUUUAAAAUGUCAUCACUGCAGCCUAUUCACGCCUUAAACUUGGAUUCAGUACAGCAACAAGCAUUUGUUAAAUACUUUCACUCUUUGACUGAUAAACCGCCAACCACCGUUAGGAUAUUCGAUCGCAAUGACUACUACAGCGUUCAUGGCAUCGACGCGACUACGGCUGCGAGGGAAGUCUUCUCAUCUAUUUCAAAUAUCAAGAAAAUGGGGAUUGAACCCAACCGACUUGAUUACCUUGUGCUGUCUAAAGGGAACUUCGAAAUUCUUAUAAGGCAACUACUAUUGGUACGACGAUAUAGAGUGGAAAUAUACGUUGCAGAGGGGUCAGUCAAAUCUUGCGAAUGGGUAUUGAAAUACAAAGGAUCACCAGGCAAUAUGUCGCAGUUGGAAGAAGUACUAGGCGAAGGACUAGGCUCUCCCAAUGAACAGGCUCCUUGCUUGAUGGCAGUCAAUAUGAAGAGUGACUCAGUCACAAAGGGUAGACUGUUAGGCGUGGCGUGCAUAUCGCAGGGGGACUAUCUAAUGUCCGUAUCGGAGUUCACGGAUGAUGACCUCCUCACGGAAUUAGAAACAAUCGCUGUGCAAAUGGCGCCUUCCGAAUGCAUCAUUUCAUCCACUGAAAACGAUGAUUACAAAGCCUUGAAAAAAGUUAUGGACAGGGCGAACGUAACACUAACCAAGCUGAAAAAGACGGACUUUUCUACCGAAGGUCUCAUCCAAGAUUUGAACCGGCUACUGAAGUUCAAAGAAAGUCAACAGCAAGACGCCAACGCCUUUCCAGAGACGAGCAAACAAGUCGCUAUGACCAGCUUGGCUGCAGCUAUAAAAUACAUUUCGUUAUUAAAUGAUAAUACCAAUUUUGGAAGAUUCCGCUUGGCCACCAUACAGCCAGAUUGUUUCCUGCACUUGGACGCGGCUGCUCUCACCGCAUUAAAUGUAUUGCCGGAGCUGGGCGAUUCGAGUCACGCGCCUUCGAGGAGUUUGCUGGGCCUUCUUGACAGGUGCCGGACUCAGCAUGGAAAACGACUUCUAGCCCAAUGGCUUCGGCAGCCACUCCGGGACAUAAAUCUGAUAAACGAAAGACUAGACAUAGUAGAGUUGCUAAUGAACAGCUCGCAACUACGCUUGCAACUCCACGAUGACCAUUUGCGAAGAAUUCCGGACUUGCAAGCGCUGGCCCGACGCCUUACUAGGAGGAAGGCGAAUUUACAUGACUGUUAUCGCAUUUAUCAGGCAAUCAAUAGACUGCCGUCCUUACUACAAUGCCUGGCAGAAGCCAACAAUGCAACUGUACACUCAUCAUUAGCGGAGCCAAUAUCAGAACUCAACGAUGACUUGGAAAAAUUCCAGCAGAUGAUCGAGACCACUAUGGACAUGGAUGCGGUCGAUAGAGGUGAUUUCUUAGUAAAACCAUCCUUCGACGAACAGUUACAAAGUCUAGCUGGCGAACUAGAAAAACUGCAAACAUCCGCUGAGAAGGAACUUAGUAAGGCAGCCAGAGACUUGGGCUUGGAAAGCGGCAAGACUAUUAAAUUGGAGAGCAAUCCACAGAAUGGAUUCUAUUUUAGAGUGACUAUGAAGGAGGAGCAAUCACUCCGCGGUAACAAAAAGUACACAAUAAUUGAUGCUGUCAAAGGUGGAGUAAGGUUCAAGACUAGUGCGUUGGAAAGUAUCACGGAAGACUACCUUCAGACCAAAGCUUCAUAUGAAAGGGAGCAGGACAAAGUUGUAACGGAGAUUAUUGGUAUUGCCGCGGGUUAUUCAGAAUGCCUCUUCUGUCUGUCCCAUAUUCUGUCACGGUUAGAUGUGCUGGUCUCAUUCGCCGUGGCAGCCUCAACCGCACCCUACCCCUACUGUAGGCCAGUAAUAACGGAGAGUCUCGAUGAGUUCAUACUGAAGGACGUAAGACAUCCGUGCUUGGAAGUGCAGGAGGGGGUGUCUUAUAUACCCAAUGACGUUACUUUUAAACGUGAUUCGUGCCUAAUGCACAUAGUAACAGGCGCGAAUAUGGGCGGCAAGUCGACAUGGAUGCGCUCAUGUGGGGUGGCCGCGUUACUCGCGCACGCCGGGUGCCCGGUGCCCGCCUCCCGCGCCGCGCUGCCGCUGCUGCGGGCGCUGUGCGCGCGCGUGGGCGCCGCCGACCGCGAGGACAAGGGCCAGAGCACCUUCAUGCUGGAGAUGAUCGAGUCCGCCGCUAUACUGCGAACGGCUACUCCAGAUUCUCUGGUGCUGGUGGAUGAGCUUGGAAGAGGAACCUCGACGUAUGAGGGAUGCGGCAUUGCGUGGGCUAUCGCUGAGAAACUAGCAACCGAAAGCAAGUGCUUCUGCCUGUUCGCGACCCACUACCACGAGCUGACUCGCCUGCCGAGCCUGCACCCCAACGUCAUAGUGAACUCGCACGCAGAGGCGUCCGUGGUGGACCAACAGCUGCUGUUGCUGCACAAGAUACUGCCGGGGCCCGCCACACACUCGCUGGGGCUGCAUGUUGCCAAGUUGGCUGAUUUGCCGGACUCUAUUAUUAAGUAUGCAGAAGCAAAGCAAGCCCAGCUGGAGACGAACCUUUUUGAAGUGGAAUCCUCCGUUGAGACAGAAGAAACGUCGGAAGGUCAGAAACUCAUCGUAGAUUUUCUACGCAAAUGCAAACAAAUACAAGAAUCCAUUGCUUCGGACGAAGAGAUGAUGAAAGAAAUAAAUAAACUCAAGCAAGAAUUACUGCAACAGGGCAGCAAAUACGUACAGUCUUUAAUAUCAAUAUAAACUAUCAUAUUAUGUGUAUAUGAGGUGUGUAUUGCAAUGAUCGCAAGCAUUGCUAUUAACUGAAUUAAGGAAUCACCAAUCACCAAGACAGUACGUACCAAAAGUCUACAAUAUUAAAGUCUUACCAGAGAAAUAAAAUACCUCGCCAUAUUACGUAAACCCCGUGGAACUAUUCUAUAUACAAGACCAUAUACUUAAUGACCAUAGACCAUAUACUAGUGGCACCCCAGAGCAAGCUUUUUAUAUUGUAUUUCUGGUCAGAUUUUAGAGAAUUAAUAGUACCUAGUGGCUGUCAGUAAGUCUUGCCUGUUCUACUUCUACUGAUGAUGGUCUGUUGUGAUUGCAAUUAUCGCAAUAAGAUCUCGUGAUUUAGGUAUGUAACGGGAGCUUGGAAGAAUAAAUAAAAAAUUACCAUGUU